UUUGCACAACGAAACGCCCCUCAAUUAGGGUUAGAUUGAACUCCGGUUUCUGUCAAAUUAUUUAGCUAGCCAGCGGUAGCCCGUUAGCCGAGAUGACUCCAAAAGGAAAGGCGAACAGCUGAGCAGCUUGUGCGAAAAUUGAACCCGGAGACACGCUAACAUCUCUGUUACAGCGAAUUUCACAGCUCUCUAGCCAAUACGCAGCGGAUGGCCCCGACAGCACUUGUCGUGGGACCUACAUAAGAAAAGAGGGACACCAAUCCGAACCUCUGGAUGAGUAAUGAACCUUAACCCCUUCUGGAGCAUGUCUGCCAAUACAAGUCGUAAGCAGAGAUCUGACAACGAAGAACAGAGCGGGCAUGGGGAGCAGAGAGCUAGCCCAGCUCGUCUGCCUUUUGGCAAAAAGCAGCUUCCACCCAUUCCGAAGAAUGCAGCCCCCAUUACCAAGCCUGUGACAACGGGCACGCCAGCCCAGUCGGCCAAUGGCACACACGCCUCUUAUGGCCCCUUUUAUUUGGAGUACUCUCUGCUGGCUGAGUUCACACUAGUGAUUAAGCAGAAACUCCCUGGAAUUUAUGUCCAGCCAUCCUACAAGUCUGCACUAAUGUGGUUUGGAGUCAUAUUCAUCAGACAUGGCUUGUACCAAGAUGGAGUCUUCAAAUUCACUGUGUAUAUUCCAGAUAACUAUCCAGAUGGAGAGUGUCCAAAACUAGUGUUUGACAUCCCAGUCUUCCAUCCUCUUGUUGACCCUGUGUCUGGAGAGCUUGAUGUCAGAAGAGCUUUUACCAAAUGGAGACGGAAUCACAACCACAUCUGGCAAGUCCUGAUGUACGCACGCACAAUUUUCUACAAGAUCAAUACCGUGGAACCACUCAAUCCAGAGGCUGCUGUACUAUAUGAUAAGGACGUCCAUUUGUUCAAAAGCAAAGUGGUGGAUAGUGUCAAACUAUGCAACAGUCAUCUUUUUGACCAGCCCAAGAUAGAUGAUCCCUACGCAAUAAGCUUUUCUCCAUGGAACCCAGCUGUUCAUGACGAAGCAAAAGAGCGGAUGUUCACAUACAAAAGACGGCCUGAGGAUCACCACAAGGGAACGCAGGUGUCAGGGUUGUCUUGGGUGAAGCCCGGGUCGACGCAGCCCUUCAGUAAAGACGACGGCUCUCCCCAAAGCUGAACCUGCAGUGUCGCCACAGCAGCCACUAGAGGGAGGCACACGCUUCAGAUGCCACGCCGCUGGCUUACCUCAGCUGUUGACGUGAACUGGAUCCUUGAAACAUUUGGGAGAACUAUAUAUAUUAAAUCUCCAUGUUAUCGCUCAGCUUUAAAAGCUUCGUAGGCAUCUCCUCAAACAGCUUUAGAAUAAGGAAAAAGUGUGUAUCAUAUGUAAAUCGACGAUGACAACUGGAUGUCUCGGCAACAUCAUCUAGGCUGUGUUGCAAUCAAAGAGCUUUCUCAUUUAGAUUUUUCGGAUCCAUGCACAUGUUUGGGCUAGGUGAUAGAACAUACUGUCCCAAAAGGAGCUGAGAAGUAUGAGCAAAGCAAUUUGUGUUCAUACGGUAAGUAUAGUGGAAUACACAAACUAUACCACUUGUUGAAAUUGGCUCAGGACUGUUCAUUUGUCACAAUUGGAAUGUUGUCAGUCGCCGCUGUGUGAGCGACACAUCCUAUCCCCCCCUUUCAUCACCUAAUUUGAUUGACAUGUUUUUAUUUUUGUUCCGUUGGAAAAUGAUUUCUUUUUAAUUCCACUGUGUAAACUAUUGUCUUACAUAGUUCCUAAUAUAUAAGUAUAUAUAAAUAUAAAGCAGAGCAAGUACGGUUUUAAACGAGAAGCUAAAUAAGUAAGCUCGUAUUUUAUGUUGUCUGAUUUUAAAUCAUUUUGAAUGUCUUAUGUACCGUUCGGUUUAUUAAAGGUUUGAUGUGUAAAUAUUGGAUGCCGUGCUAAGCUUUGACUUUGAGAGAGGUUUCCACAUCAGUGCUUGGAUUUUCUGAUUGUUUUUGGUUUUCUUAGCUUUCUUUACAAAUGUUACUUAAGCUCCCUUUUUACAAGUGUUUUUUUUUUUUUUUCUUCAUAAAGAAAUGCAGGAAUCCUACAUAGAUCUGAAGGAAACUCAGAAAUUUAUUUUGAUAAGAUUUAGUUAUUAAGUAGUUUCAGAGCAGCACAGAACGGAGUUAAAUUCCACGACACGAAGAAACACAUUCAUGUUGUGUCAGACAAAUGUAACGUUGUGACCUCUGUGAUGUCUUCAUCUGCAGAGGGCUCUGGAUUAAUUGAAAAAAUAAUAUUGCCUCGCAGCUUUCAAUCUGCAAAUAUCAUCAAAGGAUGUGUGUCUGAAAAUCCCAGAAUUAAAUUACUGUAUUAGAAUAUCAUACACGAUGCUGAAAAAACAUGUUAGAUCUAUUUAUAGCUCUUGUGAAAGACUAGGGCGUAAAGAAAAUCUCAGUGUACUUGACACGCUGCCAUUCGGGCUGCCGGCAUCUUCAAACGUGUGAGUUCUUAUGUGUUCUGUGAGGAACCCAUUCCUGCUCCGGUUUGUGAAAGAACACUACUGCAUAGAUGACACUAAGAUUUAAAUGGCUUUUUCUCUGAAAUAAAUAAAAUGAUCCCAAAAACUUGA